CCGUCGGACCCCGCGUCGCCGGCGCUGCCAGGGGGCCCCGGGGUCUGAGGUUUGGUAGCCUCUCGCCUGGUAUCCCCACCCCGUGCCUUUCCCCAUCUUGGUUCGUCUCCUUGCCGUUGCGGGUUCCAUCCUGUUCCUUGACCCUGUCCCUUCUAGUUUCUCAAGCAAUUAGGCCUGCAUCCUAACUGGCAGUUUGUUGAUGUGUACGGGAUGGAACCUGAACUUCUUAGCAUGGUACCAAGACCAGUGUGCGCAGUGUUACUCCUCUUCCCCAUCACAGAAAAGUAUGAAGUCUUCAGAACAGAAGAGGAGGAAAAGAUAAAAUCUCAAGGACAAGAUGUGACAUCAUCAGUAUAUUUUAUGAAACAAACCAUCAGCAAUGCCUGUGGAACGAUUGGACUAAUCCAUGCCAUUGCGAACAACAAAGACAAGAUGCACUUUGAAUCAGGGUCAACAUUGAAAAAGUUCCUGGAGGAGUCUGUAUCAAUGAGCCCUGAAGAGAGAGCCAAAUACCUGGAGAACUAUGACGCUAUUCGAGUUACUCAUGAAACCAGUGCACAUGAAGGUCAGACUGAGAUGAAGCAGCUGCCGCAAGGCGAGGUUCAGCCUCUGUCCCCAAGGCUUAGCCAGAACUUGAACUCGGGCAGUCCCGCUGCGUGGUCCACCUCUAGUCCUGCCAGCCAAGUGCUGGGAUCACAGGCACCAAGUAUAGAUGAAAAAGUAGAUCUUCAUUUUAUUGCGUUAGUACAUGUAGAUGGGCAUCUCUAUGAAUUAGAUGGACGGAAACCAUUUCCAAUUAACCAUGGGAAAACUAGUGAUGAGACGUUGUUAGAGGAUGCCAUAGAAGUUUGCAAGAAGUUCAUGGAACGCGACCCUGAUGAGUUAAGAUUUAAUGCCAUUGCUCUCUCGGCAGCAUAGCAUCUUGACAGAAACACCAAAUACUGUAUUAUUUGCAACAAAAGUUAAAUUUCUGAUGCCAUAACUAACUCAAAAUUUUUAAUAUUUUCAUUAACUUGACUAAACUUUAUGUGAAUAAACUUUGACUUUACCUGUA